CAUUGCACAGUCACACUCUCUCAUUCUCUGCACCAAAAGCCACAAAUCAUAGAACCACUUUGACCAGCAAAGAAGAGGACAAGAGAGAGAGAGCAAAAUACGAAUACUUGAGGAAAAAACAUUUUACAAAACAGAGGCGUUUUUCUUGACUAGCAUCUUUUUUAGCCUUAAAACAUCUACAUGACAGUAGACAUAUUCACCGGUCUCUUUUAGUACCUGUUUGUGGGAUUAAAAUGAUUUAAACUACCAAAAACAGCCUCAUCUGUUGGAGAGAGGGUGGGACGAAGAACCAGACCGGGCUCUUGUCUGCAAAGGGAUACAGAGCAAUCCAGCUGGAGGGAGAGAGAAAAACGAAGAGAGAGUGUUCAAGAGGUAGACAGACGCAUCUUUUUUGGGGGGAAUCGUCACUGGUCUCAGAGGACGAGAUGGCACACAACUCACUCCAGCAGGAAAAUUAGGAGGGCCCAACAGCCCACCCACCACUGCCAAAUCUACCUGCCCCCCAUUCCACCCUCCACCCCAAACACCACCUGGUCAGGUCUUUUGAUGGGGGUUUCACAUCCCUCCCCUGACCUUUUUAGAGCCGCCAUCCUCUUUGGCUUCUUAGGGUGGAGUGAAUGAGUCAGGGUUUGGGGGUUGUCCGGGCAAUGGAGACAGAGGCAUCUGGCAUGGGGUCGUUCCUUUCGGAUGCCAGAACGUAACUGGGGCGGGCUGAGACGGAUGAACAGGGGCAAGGGGCCGACACUGAACUGCAAAAUGAUGGAGGUGAAAUAAAGGACACAAUGCAGGAAUCGGAAGGCACACAAAUGCAGCAGCUCCGUAGAGAGAAGAAUGCAGAGGGAUGGAGGAGACACUGCACGUAAGAGGAGAGCAGUGAACGCUGGGAUUCUACAGUACAGCAUGGCGACUGCUAGAAGGAACAUGUUUCAUUCUCACCAACACCUCCAGAAACAGCCGCGGCCCUAUUCCUUAAUGCUGUGAAAAUGGGAAAGCACCCUUUACCAAGGGUUCAGUGUUUAUCCUGAGCUCCAUUCCAGCUGCACCUUCGCCAUCCUUUCAUAUGGAAAUGAAACCAAAUGCAUUUCAGAUUUUGUCACUCCUGAGUUUCCCUUGGACUGGACGAGGAACAGACAUAGGUGUCUAAUCCUCCAAGUCACUCCAGCUGAAGCCAACACCUUUGAUGUUUGUGGAGAGGGGUGGGAGGUGUCAAACGGAUUUCUGCUCUGUUCUCCAGGCCUGGGGCAGGGACUGAGCGUGCUUCCUAUCCUGGACUCUGGCUGACAUGUAGAAAGGAUUCCAACCUUUGUCUGGCACAGACACUGAAGGUCUGUGGGUAACCCCGUUCUACCAUGCCACACGCCUCAUUCCAACACCCUUCCCAAAAUUUGUAUCCAUUCCUAAGACAACUGCAGCCCCCUUCCAGAAAAACACAGAACUCCUCCCUGCCUCAGGAGCCUGUUCCAGAAUGUUCCAGCCCAGCCACGUCUCUUCUGCAAGUUUCCUCUAAUCCCCGACUCCACUGCUGUGUCUGUCCAAUCCCCGUUAGGCCCUCAGCCUCCAUUCCCUGGCUGACCCUGGUGACUUGUGCUUGCCUGUUGCCUGCCCUCCUGCCCGGUGUCCCCAGUGCGUAUGCGGGUGAGACAUGGGGUGUGGUGUCAUCCUGCCCCUUCCACUGUGUUUGCCGCAACCUGUCUGAGUCCCUCAGCACCCUCUGUGCCGACAAGGGGCUCCUCUUCGUGCCGCCCAACAUCGACCGCCGCACCGUGGAGCUGCGGCUCGCUGACAAUUUCAUCCGUGAGGUGGGUGGUGACGACUUUGCCAACAUGACGGGCUUGGUGGACCUGACGCUCUCCCGCAACACUAUCCAUGCCAUCCGGCCGCUGGCCUUCUCUGAUCUGGAGAGCCUCCGCUCACUCCACUUGGACUCCAACCGGCUCACAACGGUGGGGCAGCAUGACCUGGCUGGCCUACUCAACCUGCAGCACCUCAUCCUCAACAACAACCAACUGACCCACGUGUCGGCCGAGGCCUUUGACGACUUCCUGCUCACCCUGGAGGACCUGGACCUCUCCUACAAUAACCUGAGGCGCGUGCCAUGGGAAUCCAUCCAGAGCAUGGCCAGCCUGCACACGCUCAACCUGGACCACAACCUCAUCGACCACAUCAUGGAGGGCACCUUCGGCGAGCUCUACAAGCUGGCCCGCCUGGACAUGACUUCCAACCGGCUGCAAACACUGCCACCCGACCCCCUGUUCGCACGCUCACAGACAGGUAUGGUCAGCCCCACACCUUAUAACGCCGUGGUCAGCCUCAACUUCGGUGGGAACCCGCUACACUGCAACUGCGAGCUGCUGUGGCUCCGGCGGCUGGUCCGCAGCGACGACAUGGAGACCUGCGCCACGCCUGCACACCUGGCCGGCCGCUACUUCUGGUCCAUCCCCGAGGAGGAGUUCACUUGUGAGCCACCACUCAUCACCCGCCACACCCAGAAGCUAUGGGUGCUGGAGGGCCAGCGGGCCACCCUCAAGUGCCGGGCCAUCGGUGACCCCGAGCCCGUUAUCCACUGGGUGUCCCCGGAUGACCGCAUCGUGGCCAACUCCAGCCGCGCGGCCUCAUACCGCAACGGGACACUGGACCUGCUGGUGACACGUGCCCGUGAUGAUGGCGCCUACACCUGCAUUGCAAUCAAUGCCGCCGGUGAGUCCACUGCCCUGGUGGACCUCAAGGUCAUCCCACUGCCACACCGCGGGAAUGGGACCGUGCCCCUUGUCCAUGGUCGGGACCCAGGCUCCUCCGACAUCACCACAGGGAAGACGGGGGGCAGCAGCGGGAACACGGGUGGAGCCGGGGGCGGGCCAGGUGGAGGUGGAGGUGGAGGGGGCGGGGACAGCGGGGGAACAGGCAGGGCCCCGGCUCAGGCUGACGGGAACCCCCCUGCAGAGGAGGAAGACACUGGGGAGGAUGGGCGGGAUGGCAGCGAGCAGAGGGUAGGGGUCCAGGGUGUGACUUCCACAUCAGCGCAGGUGCGCUGGGACCUGGGCCGCACCUCGGGGCCGUACCUGGUGUGGAUGUACCAGAUUCAGUACAACUGUACUGCUGAUGAGACGCUAGUCUACAGAAUCCUGCCAUCCACGAGUGAUAGCUUCCUGCUGAAGAAUCUGGUCUCAGGGGCAGACUACAACCUGUGCGUCCUGGCCAUCUUUGAUGACACCGUCACCUCGCUGGCCGCCACCAAGUUGCUGGGCUGUGCCCAGUUCAGCACAAAGGACGACUACCCAGAAUGCCGCUCGCUGCAGGCGCAUUUCCUGGGCGGCACCCUGACCGUUAUGGUUGGUGGAGUGGUGGUGGUGACACUGCUGGUGUUCACCGUGACAAUGAUGGUGCGACACCGAGUCUGCAGCAGCACUGGUGAUGACCUCAAUGACAGCGAUGAGGAGGGGCUCCCUUGCUCCUCCUCCUUGCCGCUCCCAGCGAAAGGGACCAAUGUGUACUCCCAGACCAAUGGGAGUGGGGGCAUGAUGAUGGUGGUUCUGCCCAAUGGGAUUCUGCCUCAGCAGAGAGGAGGGGGAGGGGCCGGGAGAGGGGGUGGGGGCACAGGGGGGCAGCUCCAGCCCAAGCCCAAAACCCUCCCCAAGCCCAAAGUGAACCUGGAACUAUAUAGAUCCAUGGGGGGGACCGGCACUGGGCUAGUAGUUUCAGAGAAACAGCUCCCCCCUUUCACCCCCCAGACUGAGAGAGUGGCACUGUACUAUCCCCCAGCAGCCACGCCCUCCACAAUGCCCCGCCCAGCACGCAUAAUAGGGCAGGUCAAACUCCGCCCCCUCCGGGACAGAGAUGCGGACCCAAGGGCAGGGUCCUCCCUUGCCCCAUCACGCGGGUAUGAGGAGGAGGUCACAGAGUGGCGGUCCAGUGUGGGUGAGGGUGUGGUGGUCAAGAGGGCAGGCCUGGACCGCUGGAACUCCUCCCAUGCCUAUCAGAGCCCACCCCCCCAUUGCCACGCCCACAGCCCUGCCCCCCUUCGCACCAAGCGCAGCUCCUCCUUUGACAUGGGUGAGAUCGCCACGACAACCUGCUAUAGCUAUGCCAAGCGGCUAAGUGUGAUCUGGACGAGACGGAGCCAGUCGCUGCACGGCAUGCUGGUCCACUGUGCCUCGGCCACCAGCGCCUCCACUGCCAGCAGCGAGGACUGCCACCCGCGCUCUGCCCGCGGAUACGCUGGCUGCCACCCUGCCCCACCCACCAACCCAGACCAGCUGGAGGAGAGUGUGGUGUAGGGGAACACCACACUGCAGGACGAGGGGGGGGAGAAAGUGGGGAGAUAUGGAUAGAGCGGGGGAUGAGCUCUGGACAAGGCUUGUACGGGCUCCUUCGCUGAUUUACCCAGCAGUUGCUAAAGGGGUAAAAACGGAGUAAAAAUAAGAUGAUCACUGGUGCGGGCCAGAGACCAGUAACACCAGUGCAUAGUGUCCACACAGACUGAGUGUGUAAGAUGAGAAAGAGGAGGAGAGGAAGGGAAUGACCCGACCCAAGGAGAGAGAAAGGGAAAGGGAUGAGAGAUGACAAGUGUACUAUCAUUCAGGAGACCUGCACAGAGAAAUGGGAGAUUCACGGGGAAUAGCACCAAUUAAGGGAAAACAAAUGAACUUUGGCAAACAGGACACAGAAGAGGCAGCAUUUGUAGGAUAAGUGUGUGGAGUUACUGGACCUGCUGAGUCAUCCUGCAUCAGUUAAAUGUUUAUCAGGUGAGCCUCAGUCAGCUGGCUAUAGUACCAUACAACCAUGUGCAGUGCUUGCUAUUGAAAAGUAGGCAGUGAAACAAAACAUGAGGCCAAACAUUUAAAAAGAUAGGAGAGGUACAGUGGGGGGAGUGAGGGUGAGAAAGCUAUAGUAGGCUGGAGUGAGACUGUGAGUGAGAGCUACAGUGGGGGACUGAGAGAGGUACAGUAUGAGGAGUAGGAGUAGGACAGCUGCAGCAGGGGAGAAAGAGAGAACAAGACUGAAAACUCACAGCACUGGGAAAGGCUUCACUUCAUCUGUCCAGUGUAGUGUAUGUGAUGCCUGUAUAAGUGCCACAUAAGACUGCAACCCAUCCACAGUCAUUCAAUUCACAGAUGCUUAUUACAACUCACAUAAACAAGCAAAAAGCUAAAUUCCUUCUGUGGAAAUUGUAAUAAGCAACUGUGAAUGUUAAUGAAUGGGAGUGAACGCAGUUGUGCAGUUUUAAUGUACUGCUUAUGAAAGCAUCAAUUAUAAUUAAGCUUGGCAAGAUUGGAUUUUGGAAGUAAUAUUUGCAUUGAAUUUUCACAUUGCAACCCUGAUUGUCCUUGAGUUAACAUGGUAUAACACAACCAGGUGCCUUUAAAUGAUAAUAAUGUGAAAAAGAGUCCACAGAGCCAAGCUGUGAACUCCAGUGUUUAAACUAGAAAAGAAAGGGGGCUUAAUUAAAAACAGCAGGAUGUCCAUGAAUUCAUUCUUCUAAAAGUGUAAAUUACCAUUGCUCACAGAAGAACUGAAAUGUCAAAAUACAAAAUGCUGAAUUCAUAUGAACACGUUUCCAGCAAGUCCAGCAAGAUAAUUCACAUUUUAGAACAUUACUCUUCAACCAAACAGAGCCCCCAUACAUAGCAAUAUCACUUCUAUUUUUAGAAUGUACAUUAAUAAAAGAACAGUUCUACCGAUGCUUGCAAUAUUUGUCAGCUGCGUGCAUGGAAGCUUAUGUAACGCUGCAAGGGAGAAAAACGAAUGGAAAUCUUCGGAUUGAGACUUUAAAAAAUACGUUCCUCAUCUCCCUCCUCACACAUUAUUUCGUCACCAUUUGACACCAAUGCAACCAUCCUGCACCGACAGAAAGGGUUAAACCGAAGGAAGACCAGAUAAUUCUUCAGCACGAUGUUGUGAAUUUGUUAGCACCACGAGAAUUCAACAAAUCAUCCGACCGAGGUCGGGAAAUAUUUGUGGUGGUGAGGUCUUUGCCGAUCGUUACAGCACAACAGAACGAUGCGUGUCUGGCCUUUGAAUUUCUCUGUUUUUCAAUGACUUACUCUGCCGCAGCCCGAGUUCUGUGAAAACGUUUGCCGACGUUUACCAAGGUGAAUCGAACCCUGCUGAGGUUAACUGUACUACAGGAGACACUCGAAGUAAAGUGUUAAAGAUUUUUCUUUAACCACCAAAAAAAAAAAAAAACAAAAAAAAAAGGAAAAAAAA